GAGGAUUUUGUAGAAAAUAAGCUCGGGUUGAAUAGCUUUUGAGCUGUAUUCAUGAAGAGCGAGUUAGCUAAAUGCGAACGGGUGGCACACAUCCACUAGAGCAGCAACAGGGUAACCGAGAAUGCUUCCAAUGGAGCACAUCCACCUCAAAAAUGUCCUGCAGACAGUGUGUGCCCUGGAGUCUGUCAUCCUUCGCAGUUUUGGCCCUGAAGGAGGACAGGUGUUGUUUACCCGCGAUACUGGACAGGUAAUGUUGAGCCGCAGUGGAGCACGCAUUCUCACAGCCCUGCAUCUGGAGCAUCCACUUGCCAGGAUUGUGGUGGAGUGUGUCCGGAAGCACAGCGCGUCAGUAGGUGAUGGAUCCAAGACCUUUAUUUUACUACUUGCAUCAUGUCUGCGAAUGAUUCAUGCCACAGCCUGCAAGGAGCCUAAUGUGUCUCAGUCUUAUAACUCUACAGGAGCAGCAGAAGCCUCUGCUGCCAGGCGCCUGGCUGACAAACUGCUAGCGUUUGCGUUGACAGAAUUGGAUGAUCUCAUUGCAGCUAACGUGGUGCCACAUGGAUUCUGUGUCUCGCUGGAGGAUUUUACAACAAAAACAAAGCUACCAGCUCACUCUAAUAGCCUCUCUGCUAAGAUGCUUUUAUCAUCAUUUUUUCACACGCGUCUUGGUUAUGUGCACUGUGACUUUUUUAGUGAUCUCACGUGUGACAUGCUCAGACAUUGGGAGUUUAAAGGUGACCAGCUUUUCUCCGCCCUUCAGUUUUUAAAUGACAACUUUCCAGCACUGCAUACACAAGUAUCAGGUCUCCCUGUUGGCUCUUCACGUCUGAUUGAGGGACAGGUCAUUCAGAGAGAUUUUGCCACGCCGUUCCUCCAGGUUAACAAGAAGACGGUCAAAGCUGUAGCUUUCACCGGGUACCUGCAGCCAAAAUUACUAAACCCAGGAGAUGUGCUUGAGUUGGAGAAAACAAGUAUUAUGCACUUUAAUGCUUGGACAGAAAGGUCAGUCGAGUGCCUUAUUAAAACUCUGCAGAGUUUAGGCGUCUCUGUGCUUUUUUGUGAAGCGAAGCAAUCAGCUGCUGUCCUGGCUUUAGCCACACAUGCAGGCAUAAGUGUUGUGGAGUGUGUCAGUGAAGAAGAGCUCUCUCUGUUUGCUCGGCUAAGUGGGGUAACACCUGUCUCAGACUGUUGGAUGGUUCAACCAGAGAAUGUAGCUACGCUGAGUUUUUGCAGGCCGAUACUUCUCGGAGCACACAGGUAUGUCCAUGUGGCGUUCUGUGACUCUGAAGAAGGACUUAAACCUUGUAGUCUGGUGAUUUGUGCUCCAGGAGAAGGACAAGCAGACCAGUGUGCAAAGGCAAUUCAAGAUGCAAAUCGUAUGCUUCUUACAACAAUGCAGCCCGUGUGUUUGCACAAAACCACAGCACUAAAUAAAUGUGAAAUCACACGUUUACAUGCAGCUAGUCUACCCAAAGACGGUGCAAACAGAUGUGAUAUUGGUGUGUUGAAGCCAGGUUGUGUGAUACCUGGUGGUGGAACGUUUGAGUUCCUCUUGCACUGUUCUCUCCUACAACACCACAGCUCCGUUUCUAAUCCCACUAACACGGAUGUCCAUAUUUCCCGGAUUUUGGCGAAGGCUCUCUUGGUCGUUCCUUGCCAGAUUUACUGUCGCAAUCCAAAAGGUUUCCUGCAGACCCAAACCAGGGUUAUGAGUUUGAUUUCAAAACAACCUCGCAUGUGUUGGCUGUUAAAAGAAACUCAAAACCCAAAGCCCAAUCAGGCCGAGGAUCCUGAGAAGGGUGCUUUCAUGACGAACACGGGCCUUGACUCCAUCUCCUGUAAAUCCCAGCUGCUUUUGGAUGUGUUGCAGUGCGUCACAAGUCUCCUCCAAGUAAAUAUGAUGUUUCGGACACACAUGGCUUUACAAAAAACACAUAAAAUCACAAACACUUCCUGGGAGCAGACAGAGGAUGAGACUGAGGACUGAGUGUGUGUUGCAUUUAGCAGCCAUCUUUGUUUAACUUUAGGCUGUUCCUGCUGCUCCUUUAUCACAAGCCUUUGAACUGGAAAAAUAAAUAUUUUAUGAGUA